AUGAAAAUACUAUUAUUAGUUCUAAUUGGCUUGGUAGUAUUCACAUAGGAUAAUAGGCAUUAUGCAAAUUAGGCACAGAUCCAAAGAUAAUCUUAACCGAAAUUGAUGACCAUCAUUUGGGUAAAACAUUUUUGAAUGCUAUUCAAAUCAGUCUUGCCACUGGAUCACCUGUCCAUGAAAUUCAAAGUUAUAUUAACAAUAUAAGGUAAAUACAAAGCAUAAUAACUUCAGAUUCAUGUUAGAAUAAGAACAAAAGGAUGCAGAUCUCUUCAUUCAAAAUACAUAAGCUUCUUGUAAUAGAUUAUUGCAUGAUUUUUCAACUAAUUUAGCUUAUCAUCAAAGCUAAUUGAAAGCACACUAAAAAAUAGUUGAUGUUAGACAUAUUAUCAUAAUAUUAGGAAAACACUAACAAUUUAUAAAGAUCACUUAACAAAAUUGCUGAAGUCUCAGUAGAAAUUGAAGAAAAUACAAAGAAAACAAAUGCAGGAUAGAGUGAAAGAGAUUUAUAAUAUGCAGAAUUCUAAUCAAAAAUUAAGGAUCAUACUGAAGCUAUUUCAGCAAUUGAUGAAGCAUAUGCACUUAUUGAACAUUUAUCUGGAGGUUCUUCAUUUAUUUAAGUUAAGGGAAGAUUCAAUAAAGUUCUAUAGAGAUUACAAAAGUAUUAUUAUUUAAUUAAUUGAUAGUCAAUCUACAGGUUUAUUAUUUUAACCAAUAUUAACAAUGAUGACUUAAUUGUCUUCAAAAUCAGAUUCAGACACAGCUAAGAAAGUGCUUUAAUUGUUGGCUAAUUUAAGAGUUCAGAUAGUUGAAAGUAAAGGAAAUGAUGAAUCUAUUGAGAAAUAAUAAAGUUUGAAUUGGUAAUAGUUCUUGGCAGAUUUAACAAAUGAGAAAAAUACCUUGUAAUAACAUAAUGUUAAAUAAAAUUAGAUCAGAUCAAAGAUAGAAUUUAGAAUAAGCAAUACUUAAUUAUCAAAGCAUUAUUGAAGAAUCAGAAGGGAAAGUUGAAUAUCAUGCUGCUGAAGUAGAGAGAAAUUAGGUAAAAGAUAAUUUAAACAAUAGAAUAAUUUAGAAGGACAAGAUUAAUGGUGUAGAUAAUAAUAAGACAUUUAUUAGAUGGAAACUCAAUCCAGAGUUUAGACCUAAGAUCUCAUAUCAAGAAUAUCUGAUCAUAUUUAGGAUAAGAUUGUUACACUUAAAGAAUAUUUAAGAGAAAGACUUCAAUUAAAUUGAUA